AUGGAUAAAAGUAACGGAAAACUGCAUUAUUCUUUGAAACAAAGCCAGGAAAAUGGCAAGCUAAAUCCAUCUAAUCAAUUUCAAGCACAGUUUCAAGAUAGCAGGACUCCUCAGAGUUCUUUGUUGAAAGCACAAUGCAUUCUGAACAAAGGGACAGAUGAAGAACUAAUUUGCUGGGGUUACAGAGAUUCAGCCAGUAAAAAAUUCUUCUUCGGUUUACUGGUAGUGUUCUCUCUGGGUACUCUGUUACUGAUUGUCCAUUGGAAGCCAGAACUGACAUGCUACUUGCAGAGGAAACUAUGCCCCCUAUACAAGGCCCAGUAUGUUCUACUGAAGACUUCCUUCGGCAUAGUGAGUGUUGUAAAAAUUCAGACGAUGACAGAACAUCUGGACAACCAAAACUUAGGAACAGAUGCGGAACCGGCUGUCUCAGUUAGCAACAGUGACUUUUCUGAUGACCGAACAAAGCUGAGUCUCUCGUGGACAACCGGGCACCAGGCAGGCAGCCUGCGCUACUUUGACUACCAGCACACCAGAUACAUAUGGGACCAGUACAAGUCUUCAUUCCGGAAAUUAGAGGAUUUGUCCACGGGGACCCCUUGCUUUGUCCUGCACGAGAAGUUCACAGGAUUCUCAGACCAGCAGAGAGCUGCCAGAUCACGCUUGUAUGGCCCAAACACGAUGGAAAUCCAGGUGCCUUCCUAUUGGACACUAUUCAUAGGAGAGGUGUUAAACCCCUUCUACAUCUUUCAAAUAGCCAGUAUAAUACUCUGGGCCAUAGAUGAGUACUACUACUAUGCCAGCUGUAUAUUUCUUAUCUCGGGGAUCUCUAUUGGCAUUUCUCUUAGAGAAACAAAGAAGCAACGGGUGACACUCAAGAACAUGGUGGCAACAGAAGAGGGAACCGUGAAAGUUUGCCUGGACACUCAAGAAUUUGUGGACAAGCUGGACCGAGAGCUGGUGCCUGGUGACCUGAUAUCCAUCCCUCCAAAUGGUUGUGUCAUGACAUGUGAUGCUGUGCUGACCGCUGGAACUUGUAUUGUUAAUGAAAGUAUGCUCACAGGUGAGAGCGUGCCUGUUACCAAGACACCACUUCUUCAACAGGAGGAUGAGGAGUUAUACUCCCCAGAAACUCACAAGAGACAUACACUCUUUUCUGGCACGCGUAUUGUACAGACACGUUACUAUGGCCAAGCCAAGGUCACGGCUGUUGUGAUUAGGACAGGUUUCAACACAGCCAAAGGGGAACUGGUGAGAGCCAUCCUGUUUCCCAAGCCGCUGGACUUCAAGUUCUACAGAGAUGCCAUGAGGUUCAUCCUGUGCUUGGCCGUGAUCGCUUCCAUGGGCAUGGCGUACUCUCUGGCAAAUUAUAUCUUGAUGAAGGAACACGUGGAAAGAACAGUGCUUCGAGUCCUGGACAUUGUCACCAUCAUCGUCCCCCCUGCUCUGCCAGCUGCCAUGACUGUAGGAACAGUGUAUGCUCAGAAUCGUCUGAAGAAGUCCAGGAUUUUCUGCAUCAGUCCACCUCGCAUUAACUUCUGUGGCCGGAUUAAUGUCUUCUGUUUUGAUAAGACCGGCACAUUAACAGAGGAUGGACUCGAUCUGUGGGGGGUGGUACCGGUUCACAAACACAGAUUUCAGCAACCAUUACCCAACCCUACAGCCCUGAGCCGAGGUCCACUGCUUGUAUGUAUGGCUGCGUGCCACUCUCUCACAAUCAUUGAUGGGCAGCUGAGUGGAGACCCACUUGAUCUCAUUAUGUUCAACGCCAUUAACUGGUACAUUGAGGAGCCUGGUUCUGAUACUCAAAAGUAUGACACAAUUAUGCCAACUAUAGUGAAGCCGUACACAAGCGAGACCUUCCUGGCUGAAGAG